GCCAUUGCAAUGCAAUGUGUAUGAGUGAACUUUGACACUGUUACAGUGCUGUUACAGAACCAGAAUCUGUGAAGGGAUAAGGUAGUUAUAGAUAAGUGAAACUUGGAUAUCUGUGAUCAGUAUUCUUUUGUUAAAUGUUGACGGUCUCAUUUGACAACUAGCCGUCAGUACCUGUCUUUGUUGCAUUUCUGCCGUUGUUGUGAUUUGGAAACAGUUCUAUUACUACUAUGAUGAAAACAUCUCCAGAUUAUGAUAAUUUUUAAGGAAACAUCUAAGGAUAAGAGGAACAUUUAUUUUUUAAAUGAUGCUUCGGAGAAUCUCUGUCAACAGACAUGAUGGGUAAGUGGCACAGUUUUAAACAUUUUUUGACGUGUGUUUAAAUUUCAUUGAGUUGUUAAUUGCAUCAAUCAUUUUUUACAAAGGUUUAUGUAUGAAAAAGCAACCUCUUUGAUAAGUAUCUGUAACUGCAGCUUGUAUUUUAUUCUUUAUUUGUUUAAAUUGGUCAGCAAUCUGUUGGCUCCACUGUUGAGGCUCCUGCUGGUCACUCUGGCGAGCUACUGAAAUAGCUUCUUGAAAGUGAGCUGGCAUUUUUCAGAAAUUGGACAGAAUAUCUACAUACAUGUAUUUCUAUAACUUAAAGCGUAUAUGAAAACUCUGACCCAUAUAACUUCCACAUUGCACGACAUGAAUGCAUCAGUCAUGCAAAUAAAGCAGGGGGGCUGACUCAGAUCUUCUCUUCUUCCACCUGAUGUUAGAUGAAUGUCCAUUAGUGACGAGAACAAAAAGCCAAAUGAUGCUUCAUUACUGAGUUACUUCUGUUGAAGACGAGCUGAAGGUUCUAGAAAUUUGGGUGAAGAUGAAUCAGUCCGAAGACAACUCCACGUUUUACAUGGACUACAGCUAUUACUUUAAUGGGCUGAGAGGCUUGUUCUCCUGCAACUUUUUCUUUAGUCUGCCCGCAAACAUCUACGUGGUGAGGCAGAUAGCCGGUGGAGGAGACGGAGCCGUGGCCUCAGAGUUCUUUGCACUAAAUUUGUCCACUGCACAGCUCCUCUUUUGCAUCUUGUCUGUUGUCUAUAUGUUACUCAACGGCCUGCUGAGGAUGGAUCUGAAUGUUGGGAAUAUUCUGUUAAUGGUAAUAUUUGAGCUCAUGUUGCUUUCACCAGCAGUCUUUCAGGGAUGGAUCUCUCUGGAACGCUACAUGGCUGUGGUGCAUCCCACCAUCUUUCUCAGGUUCAGACCUCUCAGUUACAGGUUGGCGUGCUGCAUAGUCACCUGGCUGCUGAUUAUACUGGACUGCUCCAUUACUGUCACUGCACUUUCCCCCCUGGAAACAACCUACUUGUUCAUAUUCAAAGCUGCGUUCUUCCUGGUGAUCAUGUUGUACUUCGGUGUCCACGCUCUCUGUGUGCUGAAGCAGCCGGGGCCGGGCGAUGGGGGCCGAGAGCGUGAGAGCCAGAACAGCAUGAAGAGAAAGGCCUUUAAGGUCAUCAUGAUCACCCAGGGGUUCUCCAUCUUGACUCUGUCACUCCAAGUCUUCGUCUUGGCUCCAACACUGAUGCAUGCAUCAGCUCAUGUCUUUAUAAAGGUUCUAUUAGCUAGCCUGCUCAUCAGCAUCAUCAGCGGGUUCAUCCCACCUCUGCUCUAUCUCCACAGAGCCGGAAAACUGCCCUGCAUCAAGUUCUGAGUUUGAUCUUAUCAACUAGGCCUCAGGGUCAAUCAGCCUAAACAAACAUAAAAAAACGACCAAACAUGGCCCUCUGUUCCUACUCUCGAAAUCCUCUUGAUGCAAUAAUUU